CUGAAGAAAGGCACUCUGUGACCCGAGCCUACUUGUCUUUCCCAACUGCGUAACUGGUCCUAGAAAAGAUACUACCAAACAAGCCGUGCUUCUCAAACAAGGAGAGAUUAUUCACAAUGUCUUUCAAGAAAGAAGGUGCCCACAAGAAAUGGGCUGCCUUAAAGGAGAAGCUUGGGCCCCAGGAGAGCGACCAGACAGAGGCCAACCUGGAAAAUGCAGAGCCAGAGCUGUGCAUUCGCCUCCUCCAAAUCCCUUCUGUGGUGAACUACUCUGGGCUCAAGAAGCGGCUGGAGAGCAGCGAUGACAGCUGGAUGGUCCAGUUCCUGGAACUGUGUGGCCUCGAUCUGCUCCUAGAAGCCCUGGACAGGCUGUCUGGGCGAGGAGUGUCCAAGAUUUCUGAUGCCUUGCUUCAGCUCACCUGCAUUAAUUGUGUACGAGCAGUAAUGAACUCCCAAAGGGGAAUUGAAUACAUUGUGGACAAUGAAGGCUACAUCAGAAAACUCUCUCAAGCACUAGACACAUCUAACGUCAUGGUGAAGAAGCAGGUGUUUGAACUGCUAGCUGCACUCUGCAUGUACUGUCCCAGUGGCCAUGCUCUGGCUUUGGAUGCUCUGGACCAUUACAAGACCGUGAAGAACCAGCAGUAUCGGUUCAGUGUCAUAAUGAAUGAGCUCUCGACCACAGAUAAUGUACCUUACAUGGCAACACUGCUAAGUGUCAUCAAUGCGAUAAUACUGGCGACAGAAGACCUAAGAGUCAGAGUGCAAAUCAGAAAUGAGUUUAUUGGUCUGCAGUUGUUGGAUAUGUUGAACAAACUAAGGUAA